CAGGUUCUAAGAAAGAUGCCUCCUCGAAGGGCGAGGAGGGGUCGCAGGCAUGGGGGUAAUCCCAGGACUCAGGAAGAUAAGGAUCAGCUUAGGGUCCAACAACUCAUAACCGCUACACUCUAUGCCACUACUACGAGGGAGAAAAAGAGUAUUAGAGAGGAGGCCAAGACUAUGGGAGAGAGUGAGAAAUACGUAAACAUUUUUGCAAACAAUCAGAUUCAAGGUGUGGGUGUGCUCAGCUAUGCUUUACUGAAUAAAAACAACUUGCUUGCCACUUGUUUACUGGAAUAUCUUCAUUCCGACCCAAGCUCUAGGCUUCAUGACGAGGCUGGACGAACUCCCCUGCAUUUUGCUGCCCGAGGUGGAAACAUUGUUCUGAUGGACAGUCUGGUGAACACUCAUCACGUUGAUGUGAAUGCAACAGAUAAUUCAGGGUUAAUUCCAUUGCAUUUGGCAGUUUUCUAUGAUAAUAUUGAUGCUCUACUUGAACUGAUGAGGCUGGGAGCAACCAUUGAGGGGAAUACUUGUUUUGGGAAGGCUAUCCACGGCGCUGCCUUUUUAGGAAGUCUUGGGGCUAUUAAAGCUAUUCACCAGGAUUUCCCCAAUGAGGUAAACAUUGCUAGUGCUGGAAAUUUCACGCCACUUAUUUGUUCCCUGUUUGGCACUUCAGUUGACUGUCAGAACUUUCUUACAAGGGUAAUAACAUUUUACUUAUUAUAUUUAUAAUGUUUUCCCUGUUCAUAGUUUCACACUAAUUCAUAUUUGCUCUUCUAUAAUUUUGCCAUUUGAAAGGUAUCUGAUGUGGGUACUCUUCCCUUGUUCACCAAAGUGGCAUUGGUUAAAACCAAUGAGGCUGAAGCUCAUGCUCUUAUGAAAACGCUUUUAAACCAUGGAGCAGAUGUGAACAUAUGGGACCAGGAUUUUCUUGAAGAACCAGCAUUGGUCAUCGCCGCCAAAAACAAAUGGAAUCUGGUCAUCGACCUUUUAUUUGAUAGAACAGAACAGAUAGCUGGCAUAGAGGACUGGACCGUUGCAAAUUUACUCAGCCAUGUCCAGACAGAAGAGUUCUUGCAUGAGGACCGUUUGAGGAAAGCAAAUAAAGUCCAGCAGCUGCGCCCCAGAAUAAUUGUUGAACUGGAAGCUAGAAAUGUUGUUGUCGCGACCUAUCUUUGCAAGGCUUUAAAAUCUGAUAUGGAUGAAUGGGACUGGAGCAACAUCAGCAGUCUAUGCGACCUCUGUGUACACUUUGGAAUAACGUCAUCUGAAUAUGAAAUAACAGUGGAAUGUAUUUCUACGUACAUGAGUGCUUAUUUCUCAAAAGAGAAUGGUGAAAAGGUUAUCUGAAGAGAAUACAGCGAGUACAAGUGGGCCUUCGCAGUAAAGCUGAGUGUCUUCGAUCA